CAGGAGGACGCAUGCGCAAAAAAGAGGUCGCGCUACCAUUUUUUGUGGCACAACAGUAGUUAGUUACGGAGCUAGCUAAAAAAAACAAUUUAGGAAAGCCGUUUCCUGUAUUACUGUAAAUAAAGUGCCACAUAAUCUGUAUUUAUAACGUGGAACGGUUUAGAAGAUGAUUUUAUAACCUGAACAAACUGAAUGCGGCAUUUGAACAGUGCAGGCUAACAACAUCGGCUAGCAUUAGCAUCGUUAGCAGGAAGAGGCCGCACCGGCUCGCUUUCACCACGGUGAAGAAGAGUUCUGUCCGGAGCACAGAUGGACGGAGAGGAGGAUUUUUCAGGAACUCACUCAGAUGAUGGUAGUGGCACACCGGUGCAGGACGAACACGCGCUGGCGUCCGAUGCCGAAGACGAGCGAGCGGAAUCACACCACUCUGAGGAUGAGGGCAGUGACAGAGAAGGUCCCGCCUCCAGUCCAGCAGCUCCUGCGGAAGAUAGUGAAUCAGAACACGAGGACAGAACAGGAGGAGGAGCCAAUAGUGGCCACGAUGAUGACGACGAUGAUGAUGGUGAAGAAGACUUCUCUCGCAAACGAAGAGGAAGCACGUCAGAGACAGAGGAUCAGCACAAAGAGCAGGACAGCGAAUCGGAACACGAGGAGCCGCAGAAGGGGCGGAGCCAUCAUUCAGACUCAGAUAGCGAGAAGGCGAAACUGAGAGACUCUGACGGAGAGGAGCGGAGAAAAGACGACGGAGAGAGGAGGAAAGCUGUGAUACACUCUGACAGCGAGGAAGAGGAGGACAAGAAGCCCAACGAUGAAGGUGGAAGUGAACAGGAAGAUGGACCGGCUCGGCGUAUCCGCUCCGACAGUGACGAAGACGAGCAGCCAGUCAAGAGGAAGAAGGCGAUUCUCUCCGACAGCGAGGAGGAAGAUGAGCCUAAAGUGAAGAGGAGCAGGGCCGUGUCAGAUGAUGAUGAUGACUCUGGUAGUGAGGAAGGCUCUGAGGCUCCUGAUAAGACGGUGGUCGCUAAACUCAGAGAACUUGGAUCAGACAGUGAGGAUGAGGAGGAGAGCAGGAGGAAGAUGGAUACGGGAAAAAAAGAUGAGAAGACUCUGUUCGGGAGCGACAGCGACUCAGAAAAUGAUGCAGAAGAGAAAAUGAUAGCAGACAUCUUUGGAGAGUCGGGUGAGGAGGAUGAAGAGGAGUUUACGGGUUUUAACCAGGAGGAGUUGGAGGGGGAGAAGCAGCAGUCUCGUGCUGCAGGACAGAAGACAGCAAUGGACGACUCGGACUCAGACGACGAUGUGGACAGAGGAGGAAAAGAUAUGUCGUUCAUGUCUGAUUUCGACAUCAUGCUAGCAAAAAGGAAAGCUCAAAGUGGCAAGCGGAGGCGGCACCGAGACGGGGGAACGUUCAUCAGUGACGCAGAUGAUGUCGUCAGCGCCAUGAUCACCAAGAUGAACGAAGCAGCUGAGGAGGAUCGGACUCUGAACAGUCAGAAAAAGCCGGCUCUGAAAAAGCUGAUGCUUCUCCCCACUGUCGUUAUGCAUUUAAAAAAGCAGGAUCUGAAGGAGACGUUUAUAGAUAGCGGUGUGAUGACGGCGAUAAAAGAGUGGAUCAGUCCUCUUCCUGAUAAGAGUCUACCAGCCCUCAGGAUCAGAGAGGAGCUGCUGAAGAUCCUGCAGGAGUUACCCAGUGUGAGUCAGGAGACGCUGAAGAUGAGUGGAAUCGGCAGAGCCGUCAUGUUCCUGUACAAACACCCCAAAGAGUCACGAAGCAACAAAGACCUCGCUCUCAAACUUAUCAAUGAAUGGUCAAGGCCCAUCUUUGGCUUGUCCUCUAAUUAUAAAUGCAUGACGAGAGAGGAAAGGCAGCAGAGAGACCUUGAUCAGCAGAUUGCUCCCCGCAGGAGACUCAGCUCAGGAGGGCAGACUCCUCGCAGAGAUCUGGAGAAAGUGUUAACAGGAGAGGAGAAAGCGUUGCGGCCCGGUGACCCCGGGUUCUGUGCGAGGGCCCGUGUCCCGAUGCCCUCUAAUAAAGACUAUGUGGUGCGACCCAAGUGGAACGUGGAGACGGACUCAAACCGGGGUCCUGUAAGAAAGAGUUUAUCACGUGUGGAUAAACAGAUGCGACGCUUCGCUGAUAUCCGCCGCCUCACGAAGACGGGUCACGCGGUCAAGAUCAGCGUGGAGGGCAACCGCAUGCCUCUCUGAGUCCUCGUACGCAUCACUUCCUGUUUGAUUUUGUUUUUCUACUUCGGAGUAUGUGUGGAAGUGCGACACUGCUGUAGGAGGAGGAGGAGGUCGUAGCUACACGUCUGUAAUAUAGCUGUAAUAACGUGUGUAACGUGAACCUUCCAUGUUCAGUUGUAACUUUCAUAAUAAAGACUUUCCAAAUCCUUUUCUUUUA